CGUAAGACUGCACAGUCCAAACGCUCCCUCGACCCAAAAUUCGAAAUACACAGUGCUAAGCGCGAAAUUUGAAGACCUCUCUUUCUCUCUCCCCCAAACUCCAAAGAAAAUAAAUACUUAAUUAAUCCUAACAUCAUCUCUUCCUGUCUCUCCAUCAAUCAAUCUCUGUGAAAACUCUCAGAGAGAGGAAAAAAAAAGGGGGAGCGUUGAUUCUUAGAGACAUUUACUUGAGAGAUUUGCUCCUCCUCCUCCUUCUUCUUCACCUUUUUUUUUUUUAUGGGUAAUAGUAAUUUAUUAUUAUUUUCAAAUUUCUCUCUAUUUUUCUUUUGGCUUUGAUUUGAAUGAAACGCUCUGCUCUCUUUCUGUACUUUUCAACUUCCAAGAAAAGGUUAGGGUUUCAAACAUUUUUCUGAGUAGAAGUUUUUGAAUUUUUUUUUUCUGUCAUAAAGUUCAAGCUUCAAUUUUAAAUUUCUUGCUUAUAGAUAGAUCGAUAGAUAAUGAGCGAUAGAUUUUAUUACUUUCUUUUUAUUAAAAAAAAAACAGCUGACAAUGUGACCUGAGGAGGAGAGGAGGGCGUGGAUUUUGUGUAGUUAGGGAUUUAGGAGGAUUUCAAGAUGAAGGAGGCACAUUCCCAAUUGAAAACUAGAGGGUCCUCUAGGGUUAAUGCACAGCAAGUGGUUUUUGAGCUUAAGCAAAAGGUGGUUGUUGCAUUGAAAAAGCUAGCUGAUCGAGAUACUUGUCAAAUUGGUGUUGAUGAGCUUGAGAAAAUGGCUGAGUGUUUAACCCCAGAUGGGGUUUCGCCGUUCCUUUCGUGUAUUUUGGAUACGGAUAAGGAGCAGAAGAGUGCGGUUAGGAAGGAGUGUGUUAGGUUGAUAGGUACAUUGGUGAAUUUUCAUGAGGGUUUAAUGGGACCCCAUUUGAGUAAGAUGGUAGCUAGUGUUGUUAAGAGGCUUAAGGAUCCGGAUUCGGUUGUUAGGGAUGCUUGUGUUGAGACGAUGGGUAUUUUGGCUGCUAAGUUGAGUAACCAUGGGGAUGAGAGUGAUGGAGUUUUUGUAAUGUUGGUCAAGCCGCUUUUUGAAGCUUUGGGUGAGCAGAAUAAGCAGGUGCAGUCGGGUUCUGCGUUGUGCUUGGCAAGGGUCAUUGAUAAUUCUCAUGAUCCUCCAGUUUCUAUUCUGCAGCGGAUGUUGGCUCGGACAAUAAAGUUGCUCAAGAAUCCACAUUUCAUGGCAAAACCAGCAGCAAUUGAGUUGAACAGAAGCAUCAUUCUGGCGGGAGGUGCUCCAUCACAAAAUAUUCUAUCCGCCGCAAUGACUAGCAUCCAAGAAGCUCUCAAAAACAGUGACUGGACAACACGCAAAGCAGCUUCUGCGGCAUUGGGAGAAAUUGCUUCAAGUGGUGGAUCCUGCUUGGGACCUUUUAGGGCUUCCUGCAUCCGAUAUCUCGAAUCAUGCCGAUUUGACAAGGUGAAACCAGUUAGGGACGCAGUACAGCAUGCCCUUCAGUACUGGAAAAGUCUUCCAGGGUCUGAUACCCCUGAACCUUCUGAAACUGGUUCUUCUAUAAAAGAAAACUUCUAUGGAGGUGACUACAGUGAUGUCACAAGUGCAAGUGAUGUUGUGCGGAAGGAGGCCACACUAAAAAAUGUAGUUUCAGACUCGACUAAAAGAAGGGCUCCUUUAUCAGCUACGAAAGCAUGUCAAAAUUACGUGGACUCUCAUCAUCCCAAAACAGAUAAUUGGCAUAUUGAAAUUUCUGUCCCAAAAAAGCAUAACAUUUCUUUGGCAGAUCUUCAAAAUGAGGAAUCAGAGGGUAGUUCCAUUACCAAAACAUUAGAAAGGAUGAGUGCUGAUGUAAUGAGUCCUCCAGAUAUUGGAUGUGAAUAUGUGCCAAUGGAUGACAAGCAAGACUCUUCAUCUGUGUCCAACCUAGUUACUAACAACUUUGAGACCAAGUUUGUCACAGUUUCUCACGGCUUGCUUGAGGAGGGCAGUUCAUUCAAGCCGAGGGGUCGGAAUCAGCAGUUUUCAUCUGAAGGGAUAAACAGUGAGGUGCAAAUAUACUCUGCACAGAUGCAAGAUCGUAGGAGUAUCGACUCUGCAGUUACAGAGAACAGUUUCCAAACAUUGCAUGGAUGUUGUUCACAGGUUGCCAGUGAAAUAGCUUGCAUACGGAAACAACUUUUGGAGAUGGAAAACAAGCAGUCGAAUUUAAUGGAACUACUACAGGUGUUUUCAACAGGCGUAAUGGAUAACUUGUCUAUAUUACAGUCUAAAGUGUCUGGUUUAGAACAUGAAGUAGAUAGAAUAGGUCAAGUUCUCAUGCAAGAUGGGAGACGUUCUGAUUCAGCUAUCUCUAGACUUAUGAAGCAGAAUCAAAGUGUUUCUUCUCCCAGACCUUCAAUGUACACUCCUCGGCCAUCUGUAGAUAUUCGCAAUAGACAACCUUCACUGCUUUCUGCAAAGAAUUCUGAUAUAUGGGAGGGGAAAAAUUUCAGCAGGAGCAGACCAAUCAACCCUGCUAAAAAUGGCACAGAGAUGUGGGCUAAUCCUACUGUAAAGACUAGUAGGAAUGCUAUAGGAAAGGACAUGCAAAAACGCUCUGGGCAGGGGGCACAGAGCAUGGGUCAGGUGAGAAAAGUUGAUUCUGUCUUUGCUCCACUCUCGAGUGCCAAUUCUAGACAAAGUGGUCCAGAGAGCAAAAAUUGUGUGUGGCAAUGUGUGAAAGACUUUUUAUGUGAAGGUGACCUAGAGUCUGCCUAUGAGGAAGCUCUCUGUUCCAUUGAUGAACUUGUUCUGAUUGAGCUUAUUGAUAGAACUGGUCCUGUUCUAGAAAGUUUGUCCUCGAAGACUGCUGGUGAUGUUCUUAGCAUUUUGGCAUCGUACUUCUUAGAGCAGAGGUUUACAAACUCAAUAAUCCCUUGGUUGCAGCAGGUGGUGGACUUGAGCACAAUCAAUGGACCUGAUUAUAUUAUUCUCUCUGCAAAAACAAAAAGAGAAUUCUUUUGUGCGAUCCAGGAGGCUGUAAAUAUGGAAUUUUCCAAUCCAGCCGAGAGAAGAUCCAUCUCUCAACUUGCCAUGAAGUUGCGUCAACUAUGGGGGAAGAGCUCCUGAUAAUUUCAGCCCCGUGUGAAGCAUGCUUUCCAAUCCACUCGGGGAUUCAUGCGAGCAGUGUUGAUCCUUCCACAUAAAAACUUUUCAUUUCCCCAAUGUGUGUUAACUCAAGAAGCCAAGUGUUUGUUGUGAAGUCAGAUUUGAUGCUGGUUGUUGGCAUUGGGAUGUUCUCUCUUAUGAGCAGUUUGCUAGUUGUUAAUA